GAGAAGCAUGAAGUGGCCCUCAUCUACCAGCAGCCUCCUGCUGCUAUUGCUGCUCCUGAGCCCAGACCAUGAAGCAGCAUUGCCAAUGCCACCCAGCACUACCUGCUGUACUCAGCUCUACCGACAGCACCUCUCAAACAAGCUGCUGAGGAAGGUCAUCCGGGUGGAACUGCAGGAGGCUGAUGGAGACUGUCACCUCCAGGCUUAUGUGCUUCACCUGGCUCGACGCAGCGUCUGCAUCCAUCCCCAGAACCACAGCCUGGCUCGAUGGUUUGAGCGCCAAGGGAAAAGGCUCCAGGGGACUCUCCCCAACCUGAAUUUUGGGCUGCUGGGGAAAAUGACCUGGCACCCCCAACAGCCAAAAUAAUAAAGCAGCAUUGGACAAUA